AUCUUAAAAAAAUAAUAAUAAUAUCAUCUUCAUGUUCAUUUUCUCUUCUCACCACUCACACCAUUUCUUAUUCAACCAUCAUUUUCCCUCUCAAUGAAGAGGAAGAAGCCUUCACCUUCCCAAUGACACCAAAAGCGGCACAUUUCACUCUCGCUUUAUCCCUCGCCGCCAUUUUCACCAUAACCGCCGUCAACGCCCUCGGCUCCGCCUCCACCACCGCCAUCACCUACGGCACCGCCACCAUCUGCGGCAUAGUAGCCGGUGAACCCGACCAGAACAUCCAAUGCUACCGAAACGGCACACAUAUCCCCUUGAUCCUCCCCAACGUUUCCUUCCAGGCAAUCUCCGGUGGCCGGAGCUUCUUCUGCGGCCUCCGCUCCGGCGGCUACAGCCUCCAUUGUUGGGACACCACUGCACCAGCGUUGGUUUUCCGACCCAGGAGGCUGUAUCACAAUGAACUGGUGCAGUUGAGUGAUGUAGCAGUUGGUGAUGAUCAAGUUUGUGCUAGAGAGUUGAAGUCUGGUGUGGUAAGAUGUUGGAGAGGUGGUGGUGGAAAUGGGUUGGAAUUUCUUUCCCCUGAGAAGGGUUUGAGGUUUCGAAGCAUCACUUCUGGGUGUGGUUUUUCUUGUGGGAUAUUGAAGGAGAACAAUAGAGUUUGGUGUUGGGGUAAAGGUGAAAAUGGUGAUAACAUUCAUACAAAUUUUGGGAAUUUGUCAAUGUCAACAUUAGUUGCUGGGGUGUCUCAUGUUUGUGGUUUGACUUUUAAUGGGGUUUUGGUUUGUGGGGGAAACAAUGGUUCUGGUCAACUGGGUGUUCCUUUUAGUUCACCAUCAAGUUUUUCAGGUCUUGCUUUGGGGGAAGAUUUCACUUGUGCUAUUAAGCGCAGAAAUGGACUUAUUGAGUGUUUUGGAGGUGGCUGCAGCAAGUUCAGGUUUGAUUUGAUUCAGGGUGUUUCUUAUGAGUCCAUUGUUGCUGGUUUGGAUUUUGUUUGUGGGGUCACAACUAAGAAUUUGUCUGUGAUUUGCUGGGGUCCUGGUUGGUCUAAGCUUCAAUUGCCUAGUGAUCUUCCUCUGGGAAUGGUUCUUCCAGGUCCAUGUGUUAAGAAUGGUUGUGGUUCUUGUGGUAUGUAUCCAAAUUCUGAUAUGCUCUGUCAUGGAUCUGGAAGCAUUUGCUAUUCAUGCCAGAUUGAAGUUCCACAAGCUGUGCCAUUGCUACCAUCAUCACCAGGUUUACCCAGGCAACAGUUUAAUUCCUCAGCGGGAGAUAAAAACUUGAGUGAAUCCUUGGCCUUUCUGAUUGUUGGAUCAAUUGGGGCUUUUGCAGGGCUAUGCACAAUUCUUUAUCUCCUUUGGAUUGGAGCAAGAAAGUUUUUUAAGAAAAAAGUUGAUAAUUCUGUGCAACCCACAAAUAGCGAGUCUGAUGCCUAUGAUGAUAUGGAUCCCAUGCCUAAUCUUUGUUCAAAUGUGACACCAACAUUAAGAUCUUAUUCUAGCAAAAUGCUCAGCUCAAGAAGAUUCAGGAGUGGUUCAUCAUCAAAGCAAUUAGACAGGACAGAGAGUUUCUCAUUAUGUGAACUAGCUGAGGCCACCGACAAUUUCUCAGUGGGUAACAAGAUAGGCGCUGGUAGUUUUGGCAGUGUUUACAAAGGCAAGCUAGCAGACGGUCGCGAAGUGGCGGUUAAAAGAGGAGAUACCAGCACUAAGAAGAAGAAAUUCCAGGAGAAAGAAAUUGCUUUUGAUUCUGAAUUGCUAUUGCUGUCCCGGCUUCACCACAAGCACUUGGUGAGGCUAAUCGGGUUCUGUGAGGAGAACGAAGAGCGGCUUCUGGUUUACGAGUACAUGAGCAACGGAUCGCUCCAUGAUCAUUUACAUAACAAGAAUAAUGUUGAGAAAGGUAGCAGCAUUUUGAAUUCUUGGAAGAUGAGGAUCAAAAUUGCUUUAGAUGCUGCUAGGGGAAUUGAGUACCUUCACAACUACGCAGUGCCUCCCAUAAUUCACAGAGAUAUUAAGUCAUCUAAUAUAUUGUUAGAUUCAAAUUGGAAUGCUAGAGUUUCUGAUUUUGGAUUGUCAUUAAUUUGGACUGAGAGUGAGAGUGAGCAAGAAGUGGUGUCCACCAAAGCUGUUGGAACUGUUGGGUACAUUGACCCUGAGUACUAUGUGCUGAAUGUGCUAACCACAAAGAGUGAUGUGUAUGGUUUGGGAGUGGUGUUGUUGGAGCUUCUGACAGGAGAGAAAGCAGUGUUCAAAGCAAAAGAUGGGUCAGGGCCUAUUGGUUUGGUGGAAUAUGCUGAGCCAAAAAUAGCAGCAGGAGAGGUGUGGAGUGUGUUGGAUUACAGAAUUGGAGAGCCGGAAGUGAAUGAGGUUGAGUCUCUUGAGCUCAUGGCUUACACUGCCAUGGAUUGUGUGAACUUGGAGGGGAAGGGGAGGCCUGACAUGACCAACAUUGUUGCUAACUUGGAGAGGGCAUUGGCUUUUGUUGAGUACAGUCCUGGUAGCAUCUCUAGAUCUUCAUUCUCUGCACCUCUUUAGUGCAAAAUUCAUACUCCUAAUAGAUUCAUGUGAUUCUUUUGUUCCUUUGUAGAUUUUGAUUUCCUUUUUUCUUUUGUAAAAUUAUUCUUUGGGUCGAAAUAAAUUUAGGUGAACAUAAAAAGUAAUGCUCAUAUGUGAUUUUGGGGAUAUAGUCCUAACUCAACUAUUUUACCCCCAAAAACUAGAGAAAAACAAAAGGAUUAAUAGUCAGCAGGGAGCUGAAGCAACAAAGAAGUGACUAUUUACUAUUUUACUACUUCAAAUGUAUACAAUUUCUCUUUUAUUUCAUUUCCAUAUACUUUCUCUUCC